AUGACCGAACUCUGCCGUUACGCGAGUACAGAGUGGCCCAAAAGCAAGCAGCAGCUCCCGGAUGCCUUAAAGCCAUACUGGAGCUACCGUGAUGAGCUACACGUCGAGGAUGGGCUGCUUCUCAGAAGCAACAAGCUUUUAAUUCCUCCAUCAAAACGCAAGGAAGUUCUCGGCCUGCUCCACGCUGCACACUGCGGCGAAGACAAAAUGAAGGCGAGAGCAAGACAGGUAAUGUACUGGCCAAACAUGAACGCCAACAUUUCUGAUGUAGCGAAGUCAUGCGCUGUUUGCGACAAGUACAAAAAAAGAAAUGCAAGGCUGCCCAUGCUGAGCCACGAACUACCGAGUUUGCCAUGGCAGGCUGUUGGGGUCGAUCUUUUUCACCACGAAGGCAAUGAUUACCUCAUAGUGGUAGAUUCCUACUCGUUUUUCUUCGAGGUUCGCAAGCUUAGUCGGACUACCGCUGCUGUUGUGAUCAACGCAAGUGCAGAAAUCUUCGCGACACAUGGCAUUCCCGCCAAACUGUGCACUGACAACGGCCCUCCUUUCAACAGUGCAACAUUUCAAGCAUUCACAGGUCAAUUUAAUAUCAGCCACACCACUUCUAGCCCGUACCAUCCGCGCGCCAACGGCUUGGCAGAGCGUGCCGUUCAGGAAGCUAAACAUCUGCUAAAGAAAUGCCCGUUUUCUACCCUUGAAUUUUACAGUGCGUUGUUGGAGUGGCGGAAUACUCCGAGGGACGAACAGUUGCAGUCGCCAGCUCAAAGGCUCAUGGGACGUCACACCAGAAGCCAACUCCCGGUUCUCGACUGUCACCUGGAGCCCAAGACGAUACCCACGGAAGCAGUCCGUCAGCGACUACAAGAAAUACGACAUAAACAGCGUUCCUACUACAACAGAACGACACGAGCUUUGCCAGACCUUCAUAGCGGAAACAGAGUGUCCGUAUACGACACCCAAAGCAGAACGUGGGCCCCGGCCAUGGUAAUUGGUCCUGCAGGGCCACCGCGAUCCUACUUAGUGGCUACAGACAGUGGACAGCAGUUACGCCGUACGAGAGAGCAUCUCAGGGCCACAGAUGCUGCUCAGCCUGCUGAAUCACAAGCAGAAACCCGAAGACAGGCUGUGCCAAGUACGCAAGCAGACGCAAUUCAAGCCCCACUUCGAAGAAGUGAACGGGUACGCCAAGAGCCGCAACGUUAUCCACUUCCUGAACGUAAAUAGCAAAGCGAUCCUUGUUUGGAAAUGAAAAUGUUCUUAAUGUUCCUUCGUUGUUCUUUCUUUUUUUUUUUCUCCCAAAGAAGGGAAGAUGUACUGGAUCGCAAUAUCAUGCCUGGAAGUCAACCAGUGCGCAUGUGCAACACGCCCCCUACUUAUCGCAGCGCUUCUUAUAUACCCGGCUGCGUUUCGGAAUAAAGUGCUUUUUGUUACCUGCUA